AACCCCUUCCUGUGAGCAGUGUUUCUAUCUAUGAUUACAAACCAUCUCCAGAAACAGGAGUGUUGUUUGAAAUUCAGUACCCAGAGAAGUACAAUGUCUUUACCAGGGUAAAUAUAAGCUAUUGGGAAGGAAAAGACUACCGAACAAUGCUGUACAAAGAUUUCUUUAAAGGUAAAACAGUUUUCAAUCACUGGCUACCGGGUAUAUGCUACAGUAACAUCACGUUUCAGUUGGUAUCAGAAGCAACCUUCAACAAAAGCACGCUGGUGGAAUACAGCGGAGUCCAGCAUGAGCCCAAACAGCACAGAACAGUUCCUUACCCACCUCGAAACAUUUCUGUUCAGAUUGUACCGAUCAACAGAAACAACUGGGAAGAGCACAGUGGGAAUUUUGCAGAAGUAUCAUUCAUGGGACCACAAGAAAUCAUAAGAAAAGAAAAACCAAGCCAUUUUUCUGACAACCCAACUGAAAUUCCAGCAGUGAACACAUCUGCCGCCUGGCUGGACUACCGCUAUAACAGCACUCAGUACGAAACCACAUCACAGCCGUACUGGUGGCCCAAUGAAGCUGAAUCAUCAGAGGGUGAAGAGGAGUUUGUCAAUGCAGUUUCCAGUGAUUACGAGGCCAAUGACAUCAACGCCUCUGGAAAACUCACACCAGAGCCCCGUUCCUUCCUUCCUGUACAAAUGGUGCUGACCUGGUUACCACCAAAGCCACCUACUGCAUUUGAUGGUUUCCAUAUCAAUAUUGAAAGGGAAGAGAACUCCACGGAAUUUUUGACAGUAAGUGAGGACACUCACAAAUUUGUUGCUGAACUGAAAGAACCAGGAAAAUAUAAGUUGUCUGUAACAACAUUUAGCUCCUCUGGCUCUUGUGAAGUUCGGGGAAGUCAAGCAGCAAAAACACUUAGCUUUUACAUCAGCCCCACAGGUGAAUGGAUAGAAGAACUCACUGAAAAGCCCCAGCACGUGAGCGUGACGGUGCUGAGCUCCACUACUGCCCUGACGUCGUGGACAGCAUCGCAGGAGAGUGGCGGCAACAGCACCAUCGUGUCUGUGGUCUCCCUGACCUGCCAGAAGCAAAAGGAAAGUCAAAGGCUUGAAAAACACUACUGCACGGAGGUGAAUUCAAGCAGCAGCCUCAUUGAAAAUCUUGUUCCUGGUGCCCAGUACCAAGUCGUGGUUUACUUACGGAAAGGACCAUUGGUUGGGCCGCCCUCUGAUCCUGUUACAUUUUCCAUUGUGCCCACUGGAAUUAAGGAUCUGACGCUUUACCCUUUGGGACCUACUGCUGUGGUUCUGAGCUGGAACAGACCUUUCCUUGGGGUGUUCAGGAAAUAUGUUGUAGAAAUGUUUUACUUCAACCCAUCAACGAUGACCUCUGAGUGGACAACCUACUAUGAAAUAGCAGCAACCGUCUCCUUAACUGCCUCCGUGAAAAUAGCUAACCUGCUGCCUGCUUGGUAUUACAAUUUCCGGGUCACUAUGGUGACUUGGGGGGACCCAGAGCUGAGCUGCUGUGACAGCUCCACCAUCAGCUUCAUAACAG